AUGGACAAACUAGAUUAUAAGGUGAUUACAAACCAUCAUCAAGCAAAUGUGAAUGCGGGGGAAUUUACUUGCACGGAAAACGGACUGUACAAAUUUCAGGUUUACUCCCUCACAAAGAGCAAUUCUAGCCUGUUCCUCGAGUUAUAUGUUAACAACAAACUCCUUGCAUCACUUUGGGGACACACAACGGGAGAUUACGCUUCCGCCGGAAAUGCCGUCAUAACUUCACUUGUUGAGGGGGACGUAGUCAGCGUAAAAACACGAAGCCAACGUGCCGUAAAUAUAUUUGGUAAAGCUGGACAAAUUUAUACUACAUUCACAGGCGUUCAACUAGGAUCACUUGAAAUAGAUGCAGAGCGAUACGGCCCUAUGUCAGUAUUCUCUGUUGGACUAACACAACACCAAGAAGUCCACACAGGCCAAAAUGUCUUGUAUAAUAACAUUUUAACCGACACCAACACAGCUUAUAGCGCUUCAACCGGUGUUUACACAGUUCCAUCUAGUGGACUCUAUAUAUUUCACUUCUUUAGCUUCAAAAAAAAAGGUUUUUGGCAAGAACUCUUUCACAACAACAUAUAUGUGUGCUCUAUAUACGGCCUUGCCAACCAGGAUUAUGCAGACGCUGGUAAUACCGUAUUACUCCAUCUGAAAGAGAAUGAUCAAAUUAGUGUGCGUGCGCAUAGGAACAGCAGCUUGUUUGGAACUUCCGAUCAAAUUUACUCGACAUUUUCUGGAACACAAUUAGUUAGAGAGGCUGAUAUGUCGUCAGGCCAAGAACCAAUUGUAGCGUUUUCUGUUGGAUUAUCCCAUCAUGUAACAGUCACCAGUCAUACUAAAGUCAUAUUUGACCGAGUAUUUCUUGACCUUAACUCUGUGUAUGAUAAAAAGACUGGAGAAUUCACUGCUCCAGUUGGAGGUCUCUACGAGUUCAACUUUCACGCCCUUGGGAAGCUAGAUUCGAGAAUUUGGCUUGAGCUUUUCCAUAAUUACAGGUUUGUGAUUUUUUUUAUUCAGUAUGUUUAUUCACUGUACAGUCAUACUCCCGGCCACUAUGCCACAGGCGGUAAUGCGGUAGUGUUAGAACUUGACGCUGGCGACGUUGUAUACGUCAACGCCAAUGGUGACGUGAACCUUUUCGGCGGUCAUACCCAAAUUUACUGCACAUUCACCGGCUACUUGCUGUUUGCUACUUCUGGUCCGACAGAAAUUAUAGGAUAA